AUGGCUGCUUCUACAAGUGUGACUAGUCCUCAUAGGAAGAUGUCUGGGAGGAGAGCUAAGACUUCUGGUUGGGCUGCAUUUGACCAUAACGAGAGACGGAAGCAACAAGGUCUUGAGCCAGAGCCUGAAACAGAAUCCUUCCCGCUCUUAUCCGUUCCUCCCACUUCCUUAAGUGUUCCAUCUCAAAGCAUCACAAAGAAUAGUGGAGCAGUGCUAGAGAAACCUUUUUCAUCCCUGCUGCGACCAUCUGUAAGUUUUCCAUCCUUAAUGGCUACUGAAGGGUCUGAUGCCAAUCAAAUACAAGUUGGCAAUUCUCGUCUCAACCAGAGUGAUGGUUUUAUCAAAGAAAGAGGUUUUCUUGAGGUGUGUCAAAAGCUUAAGGAGCUCCACCCAUGGGCUGAUGACACCUUGAUUACAGAUGUCAUGGCUGGUGUAAAUGAUUUCAAUACGGCCUUAACAUUGUUGGAAGCAAUGAUAUCUCCUGAUCAUACAUACGUUGCGCAUGACAACAGAAAAACCAAGGGAUUUGAUAUUGACAAUUUUUUAACCCCAAAAGAAGCAAAUACUCCCUGCGUGCAAAAGUUUAAAGAAGGAGAGACAGAUACUAAAGGUGUGAAGUCUAAUAAUGAGGCUCCUCUCACGAAUAAUAGUAACUUUGCUGCUAAUAAAGGUGCGACAUUGACCGACAGCGUGAAUCUGGAUGACUUGAGUCAUGUGUUCGUUAAGUGUCUUCAGAGCAACAGUCAAGAACUAAUAAACAACUUUGUUUCUAAUGAGAACAAACUGCAUUUUGAUGGAGCAGCGGAGGGUAUGGAGUUUAUACCAGUUGAGCCUGAGUGGGAAGAGGAUGAUAUUUACUCAAUCCAUCGGAAGGACGCGAUGAAAAUGACGAG